CGGCCGCGUUGCUCGGGAGCGGGGGGCGGGGCGGCCGGCGCGGCGCGGCGUCAUGGCGGCGGCCGCCUGGAGCUCCGACACCGGCGAGGCCGUUUACCGCUCCCGGGACCCUGUGCGCAACCUGCGCCUCCGCGUCCACCUGCAGAGAGUGACCGCCAGCGCCUUCCUGCGAGACCAGCCCGCUGCCCAGGCCGGGAAGGACCUCAGGGGUGUGGCCGCCUUGUGGCCCCAAGCGACAGCCAACAUCUGUCUCCUUGUUUCCUCUGGAGGUGGCCACCGGCCUGAUGAAGAUGAAAAGGAGGAGGUCGAGAUUGGGUGGCAGGAGAAGCUCUUCAGCCAGUUCGAAGUCGAUCUGUACCAAAAUGAAGGCGCCUGCCAGAGCCCCUUGGAUCAUCAGUACCGGCAGGAGAUCCUGAAGCUGGAGGGCUCGGGUGGCAGGAAGAACAGGCGCAUCUUUACCUACACAGACUCCGACAGAUACACCAGCCUGGAGGAGCACUGUCAGAAAAUGACCACGGCAGAGCACGAGGUGCCGUCGUUCUUGGUGGAGAGAAUGGCCAACGUCAGGCGGCGCCGGCAGGACAGGCGAGGGAUGGAGGGCGGCCUCCUCAAGUCCCGCAUCGUCACCUGGGAGCCUUCAGAAGACUUCGUCAGGAGCAGCCAUGUGCUCAACACGCCCCUGCAGACCAUGUACAUCAUGGCCGACCUGGGACCCUCUGGAAAGCUGGGCUACAGGAAGUACGAACACGUCCUGUGUACCCUGAAGGUGGACAACAACGGUGUCAUCACAGUCAAACCCGACUUCUCUGGCCUCAAGGGCCCCUACAGAAUCGAGACCGAGGGGGAGAAGCAGGAGCUGUGGAAGUACACGGUCGACAACGUGUCUGCGCUGGCGCAGCGGGAAGAGGAGGAGCGGGAACAGCGCGUGUUCAAGGAUCUUUAUGGCCGGCACAAGGAGUAUCUCAACAGCCUGGUGGGCACUGACUUUGAGAUGCCCAUCCCUGGUGCACUCCGGCUCUUUGUGAAUGGAGAGGUGGUCUCGGCCCAAGGCUACGAGUAUGACAAUCUCUAUGUUCACUUCUUCAUGGAGCUGCCAGCCUCCAACUGGUCAAGCCCUGAAGUCCAGCAGCUCUCAGGAAUGACACAGACCUGCGUCACCAAGUCUGUGGGAAUGGACAAGGUGGCGCACUUCUCCUGCCCGUUCUCGUGGGAGGCCUUCUUCCUGCAGCAGGACGGAGCUGAGGACGCUUCUCUGGAAUGGCCGGUGCUUUACUGUGAAGUGCUGUCCCUGGACUCCUGGCAGCGGUACCGUGUGGAGGGCUACGGAGCUGUGGUGCUGCCCACCACCCCAGGCUCCCACACGCUGACGGUCCCCACAUGGAGGCUGCUGGAGCCCGGCACGGUGGCCGAGCUGAGGCGGUUUUUCAUUGGUGGGUCUCUGGAACUGGAGGACAUCUCCUAUGUGCGGAUCCCGGGAACCUUCAAGGGGCAGCGGCUAAGCCGCUUCGGGCUACGCACGGAGACCACGGGCAGCGUCACCUUCCGCCUGCACUGUCUGCAGCAGUCCAGGGCCUUCCUGGAGUCGCGGUCGCUGCGCAGGAGGAUGCAGAGCGUGCUGGACCGGCUGGAGGGCUUCGACCAGCAGAGCUCGGUUCACGCGGUGCUCGAGGCCUUCCAGAGAGCCCGGCGCCGCAUGCAGGAGGCCCGAGAGAGCCUCCCCCAGGACCUAGUGAGCCCCUCGGGAACCCUGGUCUCCUAGUCCCUCAGCCUGACUGGGUUGGAAACCGAGGCCCGGCAGCCGCCCUGAACCCAAGCUCUGCCUUCAUCGCUUCUGUGAGGAGCAGCGGCCCUGGAGGGUCCACACCUUCCUCUGCCUCACUCGAGGGCUUCUCCCUCCCGGCAGAAAAACGGGCGACCCUCCCUCUUCCCCUCAUGUUGGAGUUUCUACAGGGGCCGGCCAACAAGUCGGACGCUGGGGUAGAGCCAUUUCACGGUCCCUUCCUGUGUUUUGGCCCACGCAGUAGCCCCAGUAUCAGGGACAAUGGGCAGCUGGCCAGAGAGCUCAAAUUCCAGCCCAGUCUCAAGCCCCCACCCCAGGGGCGUGGGUGCAAAGUGGCCUUCAUGGUGCGUCUGUCUGUGGGUGGAUGCAGCAUUUACCACCAGAGUCAGUUCACUAAGGCACUUGCCUUCCAUGUGGCCAACACCAGUUCCUUCCCCAGCACCAGCAGGAAUGACCCCCAAAAGCAGGAUGCAAAAUGAACAGCCUUCUGAGCACGGGGUCUGCUACCUUUUAUUGGGGUUCUUUUGUACAUUAAAAACCUUUUUAUCCAGAUUCUCUUCUGU